UUUUAUUUGUUGCAGGACAGAGAUGAGUGUCUUGAAAUUGCAGAUCUUUGUGGUGAUUCUCAUAAAUGCCUCAACACUCCAGGUGGAUUCAGGUGCCAGGGCAUGUCAGAAAGAGAUGCUAACUCUGGGAUGUGUACUCAUGGUUACUUCUUUAAUGCGGACAUGGACGAGUGUCAGGCGUGUAGCGAGUGUGACGGAGAGCCCAUCGCCGCCCCCUGCAGCUUCACCACAGAUAGUGUCUGCUCUAGUCCUCUUUCCGGAGCCUCUGCUCUGUCUCUGUCUCUGUCCUGGGCUGGGGACAUCAGCCUGUCCACUGAGAAAGGCCACAUCCUCACACAUGUCCCCACUCUACAGCUGCAAAUCCAGGGGCGCAGUGAGGCAGGACUCCUUUCUGCAGAGGCAGGGCAUCUGAUCUUUAGGCAACAUGGCCUGGUGUGGCUGGACCAGAAUCUCCCUGUGAGUCACGGUUGUCGCAGCUUUAUCCAGGUGUGUCUGAGGAUGAACAGCAGUGAUGGAGCUGAGAGCAGUGAGCUGAGCGGUAUCAGGGUGGAACAGAGAGAAGGACGCUCCCUUCAAAGUGUCAGCAUCAGCGGGGUGGCCGAGGUCGCUCCAGGUCACAUGAUCUCCCUCUUCCUCCGGAGCGCCAGUCACCACUGUAACCAGAGCAGUGAUGGUCUGCAGCUGUACAACCCAUCGGCUGCCUCUUUUAGCCUGUUAUGGUUGUCCCACGACACUGGGGCUGUGGCCAUGUCAGCACAGGCAGUGGUCUCCACUCAUUACCACACAAACUAUCGACCUGUGUUCAGGGUGAGCACUACAUCAGAUCCUUAUGUGGUGGGCCUGACCCAUGACGGCAGAGGGGUGCGGUUUGCAGAGAGUGGCACAGUGCGCUUUGUAUUCCAGCAGGCACUGUACUCUAUGGGCCAGGCCUGUGUGAGCGAGGGCUUCCAGGUAUUAGCCUAUCUCAGUCAGAAUGGGACAGGAGUGGAGCUGUGCCGUAGCUUUAAGCCUGGAGUCCACUACAGGGACACCUCCAUAUCUGUGUCAGGGGCUGCUAAGGUGGGUCCUGGGGACACUCUGGCGUUUGAGAUCCUGUCUCCUGCUCAGUGCAAUGUGCGCUUCUUUGGUGAUGAGACCAGCAUCAGUAAGCUGAGCCUGGUGUGGGUCCCUGCGGCCAUCUCGUCUUCUCUGUUUGCAGCGGUGUCUCACACGGGGCUCCCUUCUGGAGCUGUCCGAAACAAGCCCUUAUUCUUCCACCAGACCAGCGCCCGAGUGCCCCAGAUCGGGAUGGUCUCUAAGGGAACAACCGAACAGAAAAGAGACAUAGUCUUCAAAGAGAGUGGCACUGCCAGUAUAGCACUGGACCUCAAACUUAUUCACUCAUGCAACCUGAUCAAGAUAACUCUCCUGAGGAGGAGUGAUCCAGAGGGGGGCCAGGGGGGCAAAGAGGCAGAAGGGGUGCGCCCUGUGCCCCUGGCCCAGCAGGUUGGGGGGCAGAUGCCAGACGGCAGCCAGUGGGCCAGUGUGAGCCUAAGGUCGUCUUUCCGGGUUCAUAACGGGACAUCGGUGUACUUCACUCUGGACUGUGUGCGUGGGCGGGUCAACCAGAUCAGCCAUCACACAGGCAGUGCUGUGUCUGUCCUCUGGGUGGCAGAGUAGAAAAAACUAACUUUUGACUUUUACGCUUGGAGUAUUUUUGAUUUUCAAUGUUGAUCAACUUUUUUGGGUGCAUUGACUUGUCUUUAUACUCCUUACUUGUUUGGUCUGUGAUAAACACUUUAUGCAAAGGACUAUUUUCCUCACAAUCUUAACUCAUGCUCGAACAUGGCGUUGACUCAUUGUGUGGCUGUCUCUGUUACUCAGUCUGUUUUGUGUGUGUGUAAAUAAUUCCCAUAUUCGUGUGCUGCCUUCAGUUACUGGAAAUGGUUUGUUCAGGCCUGUUUAGGGGCAUAUGUUUCAUGUUAAGCACCAUUCUUGCUGCAUGCCUUGUUUAUUGACCAUUUUUUACAUAUAAUGUUCAAAAUUAUGGUUCCUUUGAAGUAUGUCAUAAAAUGUAUAUUGGUUGUUUAUAGUUAAUCCUCAAAUGUAUUUUUCUUGUAAAAUAAGCUAUAGG